AUUUAGAUAGGUUGCGCUGCCAAGCUGGCCAGAGUCAGCUAGCGCCCCAUGAGCUGAGUCUGCCUUGCUGGCUGUUCCAGACUCCCUUACCGCGACACAAAACUGACGACAACAUACCGGUAUAUUGUUCGUUGUUGCUUUCAUAUAUUGUUAUAGGUUCUCAAUAUGCUGUCAAGGAACAUCAUCCGCAAAGCGCGACCAUCACCGAUCUCUAUCAUCAUUUUUGGCUUUUAGUUGCUGUUGAACGUACACCAGCCGAAGCAGCUGAUACACGGGUACAGCAAUGAGCCAGGGAACUCUUUCAUUUGUGCUCCGUUUCAUUUGUCAUCUUCCUUUUGCCUAUUUCGCCGUUAACAGCGUCAUUCAAUUCAAUUUCGUGAAAGAUCACAAGGGAAUACUCUUAGCUCCUCCCUUAAGCACUAGAGUUCUGGUCGGAGAAACGUUUGCCGGACCAGUUGGUGUGAUUGGCUUUGUUUGGAAUUUCCUGUUGUGGAUUCCUACAAUAUUCUUCGAAGAUAGAGCACUUGCUCUCAUUGGAGUAGUAGAUGCUAUCAUCACAGGAUUUGUCCUCAUCCCUCUCGCUUUAGAAGCAACCUAUAUAAGCUUCACCCCUGCACAAUGUGCACACCUCAGCCUGGACACCAUUCCCAGUCCACACCUCAUACUUUUUCAACGUAUAGCCGACAUUAAGGCUGGAGACGAUACUACCGGCGAAGAGACUUGUCAGGGAUACUAUGCGAAGUGGUAUGCUGGCCUCAUAGUGGUCAUUCUAUACGCAGUUUCAGCAACUGCUAACAUUCUCAUCGGAUCACGGUCGCAACGGAUGGGUGGUUCACCGCCUACCUACCCCAGAGACCGGCGGUUUGAUAAAUCCAAUUGGCUUCUUUCAGCUGUUCCACCCAUACGGCAUAUAACGCGGGAAAGUAUUCAAAACAACGCCUUCUUCGCGAGUCGUUAUAUCCAACAUUGGGUUUCCCACAUAAUCUUCGCAACAAAGCGCAGGCUUCCAGACUCUCACUCCCUCGUACCCCGGCUUGCACACCAUUCAAGUGACCAGGAAAAGGGGCUACUCCUUUUACUAUCUCAUAACGUGGUAGAGAAAAUUGUGCAACAUCUACAUUACGUGGAUAUUGUCAAUCUCAGCUUGACAUCGAAGAAAAACCAUGAAGCGUUAUUUCCACGGCGGAAUUCGGAUUUUGCCACAGAAAAGAAGCAGCUGAGAUACUACAGUUGCUGGGGAAUGGUGAAAGCUGAUUGCUGGGCUUGCGGCAUCCAACUCUGCAAUGGAUGUAGCGGAUCCAGGAUGGCGCCGAGCUCGACUGUCUCGUUCCAUAUAUCUUUUUGCGCCGCCACAUGUUCGAGGUGUUACUAUAAAUCAAUUUUAGAUCCAUUCUCGCAUGGAGCACUGUUCGAUACGAAGCUACCGUGUCAGUGUUAUGAUGGCCGAACCAAGGGCUUUGUUAAUUCUUUUGGGGCUCUUCCCAAUCAUCCUCACGCCCGUCGACUCUGUAGAGAUUGUUGCAUCAAGAAACCCGAUGAUAUUUUGGCUCUAAGAGAGAGGCGAGACCAAGUCAUGUACUCAAAGCUGACACAGCAGCCAUUGUCCUGUUUCAAAUGCUGCAAAUCCCUACCGCGAACCGGACCAAGGUGGUGGCUUUGCUUCGCAUGUAAAAGGGAAUGUAGAGGCGGUUGCCAUCUAGGGUGGGCCGAGGACUUGGAGAAGAUGUAGUCAUUUAAUAGGUAGACGAAUAUUUCCCGUAAUGUCUUAAAGCUUUUACAACAUAGUAUCUAUACUGCCUUGGGGACUUCU